GCAAUGGUCUUGGAAGUAUGCUCCCAUAGGCUUCACUUUCUGGAUUCUCCUUCCAUAAUUAGGGUUCCGAUUGACAGGGCGUUGCCCGCCACGCCGCGACGCCACGGAAUUGGAGCUAGAUCGAGGAGUAGGGGUUUGGCAGGGACGCGCUGGGGUUAGGGUUUGUAGGACAGUGAGCUCGUCCCAGAGGCCGAGCACGGAGCCGGUAAUCUAAUUCGAUAGAGGUUUAGGGUUGAGCAGCAGCAGCAGCAGCAGCAGCCGCGAUCGAGCACGCUGCCGGCCAGCGCCAGGUUUGAAUUGGAUUGCAUGAGCUGGGGGAUGAUCGGAUUUCGAAUUGGGUGCUGGCGGCUUUGGGAGCGGGCCAUGGAUCCAGGGGCGGAAUUUCGGGAUUCUAGCUUCUGGAUGUGAGGAUCCAUUGCAUUGGGAUUGGUCGUUUGAUUGGCCGGGAGGAGCAUGGACUGGGCUGGGACUUAAGAGAAGCUACAUUGGAAUUGGCUAAGGAAGAUGCAGGCCCAGGCACAGCUAUCUGGGCAGUGCAUCACUUUGCAGGAUAAGACGUCGUUACCUUCGAAUCCAUGGGGUAACGAUUUGGCUUUGCGUAGGAAGGUCAUAGAAAAAAUAGCACAGAUUUUUCAGAAAUGUAAACACCAAUUGCCUCCAGAGUGGCAGCAGAAAAUCCCUGACUUGGUAUCGAAUGUGGAGCAGGCUUUGUACAAUGAUGCUACUUCUAAGGAAGAUUAUGCUGACGUGCGAACGUUGGAGCAUCGUCUCCAAGUUGCAACUCAUCGAUUUGUCAACCAGCAGCCGCGAGUAACUUCUAUAGAGGAUCUCACGAGGUCUUCUGGGACCGCGGUCUCUGUGAACGGUGGAGGUGGCAUGGUACCAACUCCAGGCAUGGGUGGCAACCUUGUCCCUACUCCUGGUUACUCGAACACCAUGGUCCCGGUUGGGGGUCAUGGUAAUGGUACCGCCAGGGCCAGCUCGACGAUGAUGCCAACUCCUGGACUUGGCAACAAGAUGGGGAUCUCUACGAACGGAAGUAUGAUGCCCACCGGGAAUGCAAACAUGAACUUCGUCGCCAAUGGCGUUCAAACUUCGACAGGGAUGUUUGCCAAUGGGAACUUGAUGCCUAGUGGGAUGCCUGUCAACGGUAUGAGGAUGAUUCACGAUGGACAACUUGCCUCCAGUACAGGAUUUUCAGCUGGGGGAAUGCAGAUGAUGCCGACGCCGGGUCUCAGCAUGCCACAGCAGUCGCCCAGUGUGUCGAACUUCCCUAAAGUCAGCGACAUCUCGAUGGCUUCCGUGCAACCGCAGCAGCUCGCGGCUUCCAAUGGUCAUAUCCUUCGUGCUCACAUGAACGGUGCUUCUCAAGUGAAGACAGCAAACGGACUAGCGAAUGGUAUGGUGAUGAACCGUUCUCAUCUAGCGAACGGAAACGUUGCAGUGCACGAUUACCCGAAUCAAGCUCAAGCUCAGUAUAUGCUACAACAGCAACAGCGUUUGAACCAACAACAACGGAUGCAAACGCUGAGCUCCGCCGUUUCCAAUGGCAGCUAUGCCAUGAAUGCUGCGGACUUGGCUGGACCUGGGGGUAACUUGUAUACCCCAUCAACAACAGGUGGCCUUGUGAACAAUGGAGUUGCUCUAAACGCAAUUAAUCCUCAACUUGCGAAACCUUCGAGUCAACAGCAAGGGGUGGCGAUGAGCUUACAGCAACAGCGAAUGCAGCAGCAGCAACAGCAUCACCAGAAACAAUUGCAGCAACAAAUGCAGCAGCUGCAGCAAAGGCAACAAGCCGCACAACAGCAGCAGCCGCAACAGCAAGAUCAGGGAACAACGUUCCAGCAACUCUCUGACUUAACCAAGACCUCAUUAGACGUCCAGAAUGUUGUCCCGGGACCUGUUGUUCAGAUGGAGCAGUCGGAUCAAAAACCGUCCCCGCAGGUUCAGCAAACAUGGCAGGCGCAAGAGAGGGAGGUGAAAAACAUCGCCAACGAGAAUCAUGUCGUGUUCCCGGAGACACAGAAACAGUUACAAACUCCGAAUAGUGAGACCUUACAACCGAAGCCGGAGCCGAUGAACGAGAGCGUGCAAGUGACCGAGCACCAACAAUCACCACAGCCUGCUCCUGCCGUUUUGAAGCAGGAACAAGGAAGUCCGUCGUCUAUGGUAUCAACUCCAGGAGGAGCGGCUGCCCAGCCUGAAAGCAACGGCUCUGGAACGGGACCCCAGCCAGUGAUCAGCAGUACUCGUGCUCAGCAGUACCUCAAGCAGCAGCGCUGGCUACUUUUUCUCCGUCAUGCAACGAAAUGCUCCGCCGCGGGUGGACAGUGCAUAUGCAGUCCUCACUGCCAAACUGCUCGCCAGCUGCUAAGUCACAUGUCCAAAUGCCGGGAUCGUGAGUGCCAAUAUCCGCGGUGCAGUGCCUCGAUGAAGUUGCUCACACACCAUCAGUCGUGUCGUGACGCUAGAUGCCCGGUUUGUGGACCUGUCCGGCAGGCCAUCUUAAAGCAAACUCAUCCUCCGCCAGCAGACCAGAUGGGAUCUCCUCCGGGUUCUAAAGAUGGUGGCCAGCCACCUUUGAAACGGCCCAAGGUGGCGUCGCCAGACUCUACUACUAUGGAGAAUGGUGAUGGACCCGUCAAGGUCGAGUCGAAAGAGGUUAUCAAAGCUGUGAAGGCUGAAGCACCUCAUGGUGGUGGCGUCCGGAACGUGAAGCCGGAGCCUGUAGCAAGUGACGUGAAGCAUCCCGGGAACGCGAUUGUUAAGCACGAGUCUGGUCCAAGGAUUGGCAAAGGAGGAAAGCCGAAAAUAGUUGGCGUCUCGCUAACAGAGAUCUUCACCAUUGAGCAAAUCAAGCAACAUAUUGUGAGCUUAAGACAGUGGGUUGGCCAGAGCAAGUCCAAAGCAGAGAAGAACCAGGCCAUGGAACUUCAGGCAAACGAGCACGCUUGUAGAUUGUGUGCAGUUGAGAAGCUUUUCUUCGAUCCACCACCUAUUUAUUGCACGAGCUGCGGGAUACGAGUGAAGCGAAACGCACUCUACUAUACAACAGCGGUUCGUGAAACUCGACACUACUUUUGCAUUCCUUGUUACAACGAUGUUCGCACGGAGAAUGUCGAAUUGGAAGGCCUUACGUACGCUAAGUCGUGCUUGGAGAAAAGGAAGCACGACGAAGAGCAAGAAGAGGCGUGGGUGUGCUGCGACAAGUGUAACUUAUGGCAACAUCAAACCUGCGCGCUUUUCAAUAGCAGGAGGAAUGAGGGUGGAGAAGCGGAGUAUACUUGUCCCGAGUGCUGCAUGGCUGAAAUGGAGUCGGGCGAAAGAGAUCCACUGCCAGUCUCGGCUGUCCUCGGAGCCAAAGACCUUCCUCGGACGUGGCUAAGCGAUCACCUCGAGUCCAGACUCACUCUGAAGCUCAGGCAGGAGCGAUCUGAGCGCGCUAGAAAGGAAGGGAAAAGCCAUGACGAGGUUCUCGGCGCGGAGGGGCUGGUCGUGAGGGUUGUUUCCUCCGUGGAUAAAAGGCUGGAAGUCAAACCCCGGUUUCUAGAAAUCUUUCAAGAGGAGGAUUACUCUACUGAAUUCCCGUAUAAAUCAAAGGCAGUGCUACUUUUUCAAAAGAUUGAAGGAGUGGAGGUUUGUCUUUUUGGAAUGUACGUUCAAGAGUUUGGAGUGGAGUCUGCGCAACCAAAUCAGCGGCGGGUGUAUCUUUCUUAUUUGGAUUCCGUUAAAUACUUCAGACCAGCAGAGGUGAAAACACCAAACGGAGAGGCACUAAGAACUUUCGUUUAUCAUGAAUUGCUGAUUGCUUACUUGGAGUAUUGUAAAAGGAGAGGUUUUACCAGUUGCUACAUUUGGGCGUGUCCGCCUCUGAAGGGCGAGGAUUACAUUCUUUAUUGUCACCCUGAAAUUCAGAAGACUCCAAAGUCGGACAAGUUGCGAGAAUGGUACUUAACGAUGCUUAGGAAAGCGUCCAAGGAAAAUAUUGUUGUCGAGAUUACCAAUUUCUAUGACUUUUUUUUCAUAUCUCCUGGCGAGUGCAAGGCCAAAGUGACCGCUGCAAGGCUUCCAUAUUUCGAUGGUGAUUAUUGGCCGGGUGCCGCAGAAGAUAUGAUACUUCAACUACAACAGCAGGAUGACGAUGAUGGAUCAAAGCAGCAGAAAAAGGGAAAGAUUAAAAAACCGCCAACGAAACGCGCCACAAAGACUGCUGCUCAGGCGGAAAUGGCUAUCAACGCUUCAAAAGAUGCGCAACUCAUGCAGAAGCUUGGGGAGUCGAUAAUGCAAAUGAAGGAAGAUUUUAUUAUGGUUCAUCUACAGCACACUUGUACACACUGUAGAAACUUUAUAUUGACGGGCUGCCGCUGGGUUUGCCGGCCCUGUAAGAGCUUUCAGCUUUGUGAUAGGUGCCAUGAAGCAGAGCUAAAACUGGACGAAAGGGAAAGACAUCCUGCCAAUAGCAAGGAAAUGCAUUAUCUAACUCCGAUCGAAGUUACCGAUGUUCCACCAGACACCAAGGAUAAUGAUGACUUAAUGGAGAGUGAAUUCUUUGACACCAGACACGCGUUCUUGACCCUCUGCCAGGGGAAUCACUAUCAGUACGACACACUGCGGCGGGCCAAGCACUCGUCUAUGAUGGUGCUUUACCACUUGCAUAAUCCUAUGGCCCCGGCGUUCGUGGUGACGUGCUGCAUUUGCACCCACGACAUAGAACCAGGACAAGGCUGGAAGUGCGAGACCUGUACAGAGUACGACGUUUGCAAUGGCUGCUAUUACAAGGAGGAGACAAGGAAGCAUCCUCACAAGCUCGUGCAACAUCCAUCAGCAUCGGAGCGGAAUGCUCAGAACAAGGAAGCGAGGCAACAGCGGGUGCAACAGCUUAAGAUGAUGCAGGAGUUACUCGUUCACGCUUCGAAGUGCUGCACAACACAGUGCCAAUAUCCAAACUGCGGAGAUCUCAAGAGGCUGUUCCGGCACGGAAUGACAUGCCAAAAGCGAGUUAUCGGGAACUGCUUGCACUGCAAGAGGAUGUGGAGCUUCAUGCAACUACAUGCGAGAUCUUGCAAGCAAGCGGACUGCCGCGUGCCUCGCUGCAAGGACCUGAGAGAACAUUCAAGAAGAAACCAGCUCCAAAUGGAGUCUCGACGACGAGCGGCGGUGAACGAGAUGAUGCGGCAACGCACUGCGGAGACUGCUGGCAGGAAGCAAUAGAGGCAGCGAGGACUUCUUCCAACACUUUAUUCUUUUUUUUCCUUUUUUUUCUGGCAUCGGCGGACGGACAGAGUGACUUGACUUCAUCGACGUUGUGUUCCAAUUUUGACAGUCGUUGGGAAGCAAGCAGUACAAGGAACAACGCUUGCUUUCUUGUGUCUCUUCCCAGAGCAAAGGUUGAAACAAAGCGCAAGUACACGCAUCAAACAAACAUCCAAAGGAGAGACAAAGAUGAGAGAAUGAGAGAGUGACAAUCAGGACAGCGACACACCAGUGUACAUAGAAGUUUUCUUUUUUUCAGUGACUCAUCAGAAUUCAUGUAAAGUUCCAUGUAAGUGUGAGAGAGUGAGAGAAUUCCUUUGUAUUUACUUAAAUUAUAUAGAGGCGAAGAUUAUUCCACCACCUUUC